CUUCUGCUCUCUGGUCACCAGCUCAGCAAAAUGUCUCACAGUUGCAUCUUUCCGAGUAGUAGUAAAAACGCCACGGGCACCGUUGCUCUUAACAAUGCAGCAGAUAUCUCCGUUAUUGUGGUUUACUUUUUGGUUGUACUGGCUGUCGGAGUAUGGGCUAUGGUCCGCACCAACAGAUCCACGGUCGGUGGCUUCUUCCUUGCGGGGAGGAGUAUGGUGUGGUGGCCGAUCGGAGCAUCUCUGUUUGCCAGCAACAUUGGCAGUGGCCACUUUGUAGGAAUUGCUGGGACUGCUGCAGCUGCAGGGAUCGCCAUCGGUGGAUUUGAAUGGAAUGCUCUUAUAGUGGUCGUCAUUCUGGGAUGGCUCUUUGUGCCCAUCUACAUCAAAGCUGGGGUGGUCACCAUGCCGGAGUACUUGAAGAAGAGGUUUGGAGGACAGCGCAUUCGCAUCUAUCUCUCUGUGCUGUCCCUCUUCCUGUAUGUUUUCACCAAGAUCUCAGCAGACAUGUUCUCUGGAGCCAUUUUUAUCAACCAGGCUCUUGGGUUGAACAUCUACCUUGCUGUUAUCAUGCUGCUAGCGAUUACUGCGCUGUACACUGUCACAGGUGGAUUGGCUGCAGUGAUUUACACGGAUACCUUACAGACCAUCAUCAUGGUUGUUGGAUCGUUCAUCCUCAUGGGCUUUGCUUUCAAUGAGGUGGGAGGCUAUGAAAGUUUUCAGCAGUGCUACAUGGAGGCCGUCCCUUCUUACACGACCAACAUCAGCGCCGAAUGCUACGAGCCGCGAGAAGACUCCUUCCAUAUUUUUAGGAAUGCGAUUACAGGAGACCUGCCAUGGCCUGGCCUUGUGUUUGGACUCACCAUUCAGGCCACCUGGUACUGGUGCACUGAUCAGGUGAUUGUCCAGCGAUGCCUCUCAGCCAAGAAUUUAUCUCACGUUAAGGCGGGCUGUAUCUUGUGUGGUUACUUGAAGCUGCUGCCCAUGUUCCUUAUGGUUUUCCCUGGGAUGAUCAGCAGGAUCCUCUAUGCUGAUGAGGUGGCAUGUGUGGACCCAGCUAAAUGUGAAAAAUACUGUGGUGCCAGUGUGGGCUGCACCAACAUCGCUUAUCCCAAACUGGUGGUGGAUCUCAUGCCCAAUGGUCUGCGAGGUCUUAUGCUGUCAGUGAUGCUGGCCUCCCUUAUGAGCUCACUUACCUCCAUCUUUAACAGUGCCAGUACUCUCUUCACAAUGGACAUCUACACUAAGAUUCGACGCACAGCCAAUGAAAGGGAACUUAUGAUUGCUGGCAGACUGUUUAUCUUGGCCCUGAUCGGUGUGAGCAUAGCAUGGAUCCCUGUGGUGCAGUCAGCCCAGAGUGGUCAGCUCUUUGACUACAUCCAGUCCAUCACAAGCUACCUAACACCACCUGUUGCAGCUGUCUUCAUGCUUGCCAUCUUCUGCAAACGUGUCAAUGAGGCUGGUGCAUUUUAUGGCCUCAUGAUUGGCCUGCUGAUCGGCUUGUCAAGGAUGAUUGCAGAGUUUGCUUUUGGGACAGGCAGCUGUGUUAAUCCCAGUAACUGCCCCACCAUCAUAUGUGGAGUCCACUACCUCUACUUCUCCAUCAUUCUGUUUGUUAUCUCCUGCAUCAUCAUCCUGGGAAUCUCUCUCGUGACCAAACCCAUUGACGACAAGCAUUUGUAUCGACUGUGCUGGAGCCUGAGGAACCGUACAGAGGAGCGGGUGGACCUUGAACAGGACGAUUGGAUUGAUAACCAAGAUACCGACAAUCAAGACAAAGAGGAGUUGGAGGAAGAACCAGGCAUGUGCAAGAAGGCGUUGAUGUGCUUCUGCGGCCUGGAGAAGCAAAAUGCCCCACCGCUGACUCCAGAGGAGCAGGCGGAGCUGCAGAAGAAGCUCACAGACACCACAGAGAAGCCUAUAUGGCGGCGCGUUGUCAACGCCAACGCCCUCAUCCUCCUGUGUGUGGCUGUUUUCUUUCAUGGAUUUUACGGUUAAAGAAACUCGACUGACCCCAAAUGCUCUCAGAUCAUUUAGGAUUUUAUACGAAUGUAAUUUAUGACCAUAUGAAUGGUUUCCAACAAUCCUCCAAGAUGAGAAUAGGAGACCUUUGCUUACUCUAUCAUCAUUAUUACUGUAGGAAUGUCCUGCAUGGGACUCCUCCAGGACAUAAGAUAUAUUUUUGUAAAAUUAAAUGUCUGCCUAAAACUGGUGUAAACAUUUUUAGAGUGACAGUCCACCCCAAAAUCAAAAAUACAUGUUCUUUCUUUUACCUCUAGUGUAAUUUAUCAUUAAGAUAGAGUUUCCAAGAAUAUAUCUUGAAAAUAAUUGGACUAUAUGUAGCAAUUGUAGUGCUUAAAGCGCCAAGAGAAAAAACAAAACUGAAAAACUCUACAAAUCAUUCAUGACUCAGAUACUAAAGAUAAUGGACAGGCCUUCUUGUGAGCAGUUUCAUGUAGGAAAUAUUUUGUUUCCAUCAAACUAUACCCUACAAUUGAAUCACUGCACAGAAGGAAGCAUUCAUCUACACUGCAAAAAGGUGUCUAAAAACAAGAUAAAAACACAAAAUCUGAGGGAAAUUAUCUUGCUGCAUGGACAGAUAAUUUCACUUGACAAGAUUUCUUGAAUUAAGAUUGUUAAAUGUAGAAAUAAGCAUGUUGAACACUUAAAAAUAAAUAAAUGAACUCUUACAACAAGAUAAAUUAUCUAACACUUCUAAAUCUAAGUUUUUUUUUUUAUCUCGGUAAGAACCAAAUCAUUUGCAGUGAACUCAUGGACAAGAGUCUCUUGCUCAUGACAAUGUGAGAUGUAAACAUUAAAGGUGUCGUUCUAAGAUAAGCUUUAACAUAAGAUGGCCCAGGUGACCUAGUAGUGUCAAACAUUUCCUUCUGCGGAGUGAUACUUUGUAGUUCAGAUAAAGGAAAACGGUUCCUACAACCCCUAUUACAAGUUGGGAUGCUGUGUAAAACAUAAAUAAAAACAAUAAUUCAGAAAUAGUUUAUAUAUUUGCAACAAACCAAAGUUUACCAGUUUGAGCAUUAUAUAUUUUGUCUUCGGACUUAAAUCAUUGCAUUCAGCUUUUAUUACAUUUGUAAUUGGGUUUGUUCAUGAAACUAUUCACAACAAGAUUUAUAAAUUAUCUUGAAUAAAUUGGUCAUGAUUUCUGGAAAGAGAUAUUGCUGUUUAGUUUCUCAAAUGGUUUGAGUUUGCAGUGAACUGUCCCUUUGAGGUACAUAAUACUAAUUUCAAAGUUUUGCAGCUAAAGUAAACCAUACUGAAAUAUAAUAACACAUAAAACACUUAAAUCAUAAUAAUAUUGAGAAUUUUCUCCACAUGUUCAGACCCCCCACACAGUUGUAGGUCUUCCAGUGUUAACUAUGAGGUUUUCUUCUUGUCUUAACUGUUGCUUUUAGUGAUUGUAUAAUCAGAAAGGGCAAGGGUGGCUUUGCAAAUCAGAACAGGUCAUAAACUAAGCUGCAGGGUGACUCACUGCUCAUAGCAGAAAUAUAAUAUUAGAUUUGUGCUAAUGACCACAGGUCCUUGUUAAUAUGAUAAACUAAUCAGAAAUGUUUUUUAUCUUCAGCAGUAAUAAGUAUAAAUAAUAUUUUAUUAUAUUAUGACUGUCCUUUCCGAUUCAAUUUACUGGAAAAAUCAGUGCUUCUUUAUUGUCUCAUGGACUUUAUAGUUUGCAAGUAAGCGAUGAUAGAUUUAUUUAAAGCAUGUGAUAUACAAAAUGCUUUACAACUUACUUGUAAUACCUAAUAACAGAUGUGUUUCUGAGGACAAGAUAGAAGAUGUUAAAAUUCAUGGUGAUUACUAGAUGAUUACUGUAUUUGCUACCUCAUUCGAUAUAAGCCUUUUUUUCUUGUGUUAGCUCAAAGUCCAUGAGUGCUUUCACUUCUGAAAGCUAUGCUUCCCACUGUAUGUUGUUUUAGGUGUUAAUGGAUAAAAGCAUCUCAGGGAAGAAGGUUUGUGAAUUGCACAGAACCCUGUUUGUCUCUUUGCUUCCCUCUGCUGGCUCACUGUUGUUAUUUAACUGCACAUUCAAUUUCUGGUCAAAUCUGCUCUUGCUGAGGUAAACAAUGCCUUUUAUGUACUUGGUAAAUAAAUGCUGAAACCACACAUGAUCACUUUUCAAUAAACUGUAAGUCAUUACCAUUGUAACGCCCAUUAUCUCGCUCUUAUCACCACCUCUGUGGUUAAUGUGCACUAAUGUAGGCCUUGAAUACGUGCACCGCUGUUGAAUGAUUUAUGAUCUUUACCUUGGAAGAGCAUGAUGCGUCUCUGUAGUUUUAUCUUUUGUAUCCCUGCGUAAUUGUUCAGAGGCUGCAUAUGACUUUAUAUCUGCAGAAUCACACGUCUGUUGCUAAUUCUGCUGGCCUGUGUCGUGACUAAGUGCCACAAACCACAGUCAAAAGGUCAACAUAGAGGCUCAUCUGGCU